AUGCCUCCUCUCAUCUUCAUCCCUUUCCUUUUACUGCUCAUGUCACGUGGAGCACAGCUUGAUGGCCCUAGAGGUUCCUGGCGUCGCAGAUUUCGAUGGGAAAGUAAUGGACGAGUUUUUAGCCUACAGAGCUCAGGUUCUGACCACAGAGCUGGUCUUCCUGAUUUGGUUCCUGAUGCUCUAUUUAUCCAAAGUGCCACUUACAUACAGAGAGUACCUAUGUACAGCCUUCGGUGUGCAGCAGAAGAAAACUGCUUGGCCAGGUCAGCCUACUCCCCUGACAUCUCAGAUAUAAGCUUCCGGGUUCUUCUGCGCUUUCCACAAAGGGUUAAAAAUCAUGGCACAGCAGACUUUUUACCAGUGAAACCAAGGCAUACCUGGGAAUGGCACAGUUGCCACCAGCAUUAUCACAGCAUGGAUUCAUUUAGUCACUAUGACCUUCUGCAUUCUGCGACCAAUCGUAAGAUGGCAGAGGGACACAAGGCCAGCUUCUGCUUGGAAGAUACAACAUGUGAUUUAGGAGUGAGACGGCGAUAUGCCUGCACAGCACACACCCAGGGGCUUAGUCCAGGAUGCUAUGAUACAUACCAUGCCAAUAUUGACUGUCAGUGGAUUGAUAUCACUGAUGUUCCCCCAGGAAAGUAUAUACUCAAAGUCUCUGUGAACCCCAAUUUCCAAGUCCUGGAAUCAGAUUUCACUAAUAAUGCUGUGCAUUGUGACUUGAUCUACACUGGAACCUAUGUAAUAACUCGUAAUUGUCAUCUUUCAAGGGAUAUUUUCUUUAAUUUCCUGUCCAAGAGACACAACAAAGAGGAGAUCUCUCAAAAGAAUUCUGCAGGGAUCUUACUGAUUCAGCAGGAGGUGUCCUGGCAUAGUGGAGUAUGGCUCCUAGAGUUGAGAGAUCAUCUUGUAGAGAACCAGCUUGUCAGUAGAGGAAUCAAAGAGGCAGCUUGUCAGAAGACGGUCCAAAGAAGCAGCUUGCCAGCAAAGGCUGGAGGAGUCCUGAACCCAAGGACUCUUAAUAGCGAAUAUGGUGUGGAGUGGAAAAUGCUCGGCGUCCUUUGUAAUCUAGGGAAAUUUCAAAUUUCCCGGCUUUAA